AAAUCAUUUAUAAUGAUCUUCCCUACAUAUGAGAAUAAAUUUCGUAGAGAGCACAGCCUACCCUUGAAUCGGAAAUUGACUAAGACCACUGUAAAAAGUAAACUGUUUAUCGAUGUCUAUGACAUGUUGCCGGUUACUAAUAUUAAUUCUAUGAUGAAUAUUUCAAAUUUUAAGGUUAAUAAACCAGAAUAUGUGAGAUACAUGAAAUAAGUGAAAUUUAAAUAGAAAAAUGACUUCUCAGUUCGAUUCAGAAGGCAGGUACUUCGCCAAAAUAAAUGAAGAUGGUAUUCUAAAAAUUUGGGACACAGCGAGUAAUUCAUUGGAGCAAGAAUAUGUGCCAGAUAUUCACUUAGCAUCUCCAUGCACAUGUUUACAGUUUGUUGAAUGUUUUCAGAACUUUAAGAAUGAAUCGCCAAAACAUAAAAGAAGGAAAACUACUGAUUCUUCUACUGAAAUAGUUAUUGGAACAACGUCAGGAAAAUUACUUAUUUAUUCAAUUUCCAAGGGUGGAAUCAAAUGCACUAUCGAUGGCAGCAUCAGCUUACCAGUUAGUUGCUUAUCACCAAAUUAUAGAGAAAUAGUCUAUUCUGGAUUGGAUCAAAAUGUAGUUGCCUGGAAUAUUCAAAAUCGUACUGUUUUGAGUGAAUGGAAAGCUGGAAGUGACAUAAUAACCGCUAUCGUUGCAGUUCCUAAAUCUAAUAGGUUGCUAACAGCCUCAAAGAGUAUAAAAUUGUGGAAUUUGGAAAAUCACACUCUUCUGAAAACUUUCUUAGGACAUUCAUCAAAUGUAAAUUUUUUACAUUCAAUACCUAAUAACGGUUUUAUAAAUACUGAAUCAAAGUAUGUGAUAAGUGGGUCGAAGAGUGAUCGGCUAUUGAACUGCUGGAAUAUAAGUGAUGAAGUUGAAGGAGUGCAUACAACUGCUACCUUGCUUUUGGAUGAUUAUGUUACAAGUAUUUCAUUAUCUGCAAAUGAAGAUGGUUCCACCAAACUUUCUGCAGCUUUGGCAAAUGGGAGAUUACACUUAUUUCAAGUUACCCUCAAUGGUGAAUGUACUAAACCUCUCAAGCCAAAAUCUACAAUCAUGGUUGUAGCCGAUAACAACCAGAAAAAAGAUGCUCCAAUUUAUGAUAUAACAAUUGUGUCUAGUCAUCUACAGAAAGAGAAUUCUCUAUUAAUAGCACAUGGUAGCAGCGUAAUUCUUAAAUUUGAACGAAUUGAACCUAAUAACAAAAAAACGAUGUGUCUCAUUAGGGAGCAUCCACAUACACAAAAACAGAAUGAUAUUCAAACAGACAAAGUAAUUAAUCCACUUGUUGGAAAUAAUGCUACCUAUCUGACCCCAUUCACCAAUAUUGCCAGUGUCACAAAAAGAAAAUUAAGUACCACUCCAGGGCUUUCCUUCCUCAAAAGGCUUGAAAAUUUAUCCAAUCAAAAAGAGGAAUCUGCACCUAGAAGUAAUAAUAUGGCCCAUUUGUUGUUACAAGGUUUAAGAAGCAAAGAUAAAAAUAUAAUAAGGACAGUACUGCUUUCAACCAACAAACCGGUAGUCAGAAACACGAUAAGAAGGCUUCCAAUAAAUGUCAUUUGUGAAUUAAUAAAGCAAUUGGAAAUUUUGAUUCAAGGAACUGACAAUCAAACUCGAGCUGCUACUGUAUGGUUGGAAAUAUUAUUGGAUGAGCAUUCAACUCUUCUAAAUUCAAACUCAGACCUUCCAGUGAUUAUGGGUCCCAUAAGAAGUUACAUAAAAAGUCGAUUACUUUCGCGAAAUUAUAAUAUAAAAAAACGGCUAGGCUUGGUAUUUUCGCAACAACUUACAACUCCUUCAAAUAAAGAAGAGGAGAGUGAAGACGAGGCUCUUAUUUUCAAUGAUAGAGAUUCCGAUUCUAGUAGUGAUGAUCAAGAGGAGAUGGAAGAAGAUGAUGAAGAUUCCCAGGACAUCGGUGAAGAAGAAGAAGAUGAAGAUUCCCAGGACAUCGGAGAAGAGGAAGAUGAAGAUUCCCAGGACAUCAAUGAAGAAGAAUGUGAUUCAGAUAUGAGUACAGAAUCAGUGUAAUAACUAUGUGAAGAAGCUAAUACUUUGUACAUAAGUAAAUAUAAGUUUUUAUUGAUA